AUGAACCACCAGCACGCCAUCACCGGCCUCGGUCUCAGGAUGGAUGGCCACAAUCCUCUGUCCGACUUGACCAACCUCGUAGCAUCGCCUCGCCAUUCUGCCACUGGUGCCGCUCAGGCUGCAGAACCGCUUCAGGCACAGACAGUCGCGAAACCCAGCGACCACGUGAACGCAACCCACGAAGCGAGCUACGACGCUGGAUCGCAAGACACGCUCAUGGAGCCCUCUCCAACGGCCCAGAUCUUUCACAGUGCUCGUACCGACGAAGGGGUCGCGUAUUCAAGCGGUGCGCUCUGUCCGUCGCAGGAAGAGCCGCACGUAGAAGAAGCAGCUCCGCACCAGUCUGACGCGCAACCCGUUUGUCUGACCCAGGCUUACGGCGUGGACACGAGCUACAACCCCGUCGGCGUCCAAGCGGAGAAUCCAGCUCCCCACCACUACCUUCACAGUCCGACUCGAGGUUCGGGCUCGCAAGCCAUGACUCAAGCGCAUCUCGGCCCUGACGACGGGCAGCAACUGGGUCACACCAUCGGAGAGCAGGCUCACGCUUCUGCCUUCCUGCCCAAGCUCGAAGCGUCACCUGGUGUCCAGCAAUACCAGGCCAGGUCGUACCCUUGCUCUCCCGGCUCUCCAACCAAUCGACCCCAGACUCUGUCGCAAUCAGAGCUGCGCUCGCUAAGCAACAAUGCCAAUACUAUCGCCGGUCGCCAUGCGUAUUCGCACAGAUCCAGUCACAGCCUCAGCCAGGCCACAGCCUUCACGUCAAGCACGCCUCAUCACGGCAUUCUCCCUCAAUACCACUUUAGCGCGCCUGUUUCGCCUUCUGACAGCCUAGGCCGCGGUCCAUACGACGCAAUCUUUCAGUAUCCGAGUCAGCGGCACGAGACGGGUCCCAGCGCGGCCGAUCACGCCCAUCUGCAGCGCCACAACGGUGCCCACGGCAUCGCUCGCAACUCGGUUGUGUCGACGGCUCCGUCAAUGAGGUCGGCCUCGCCCUCGGCAAGCCUAGCGUCCACAUCGAUGACCUCCAUCUCGCCCCUGGGCAGCGCUCGCUUCAAUGCCGAUGGAUCGUUCACCUCGCAGGAGACUUCCUUCGAUAGCUGGUCGAAUGCCGCCUCGGGCUCCUUUAGUCGCGCCUCUUCCACCUCGGACGACGUCUACGCAGGCGACUUGGGCUCACUCGGCCUACCCUUAUCUCGCGCUACGCCCAAGCCGAAGAGGAAGCUUCGCAACAUCGACCGCAAGAUGAUCUGCGACUUUUCUGCGUCUCAUCCUACAAUCAAGCAAGACGCCAUCGCCGCAAAAUUUGACAUCGAGAGGAGCACCGUCAGCAAAAUCCUCAAGAACAAGGAAAAGUGGCUAUCGGUCGAGCCUGGAAGCGAAGCCGCAAGGAUCUCGAAGCACCGGGCUGUCAAGUUCCCGGCGGUCGAGGAUCAGUUGGCUAGCUGGAUCGCUGAGUUCAAGACGCGCGGCGAAGGCGUUCGUGACUCGACCAUCCGACAAGAGGCUCUGCGCAUUGCCCGAGAGCUUGGUCUCGGCGAGGACCAGUUCAAAGCAUCCGGCGGCUGGAUCGAAAAGUUCAGGGAACGCAACCACAUCCCUAAGCUGCCGAUCGCUGACGCGACACAGUCUGGACUAGCCGAGUCCCUCGGCGACUUGAAGCGAUCCCCAAGCAUCGGUGGGAGCCAGCUCUUCGAGGUCGGACCCCAUCUCUCGAUCGCCGCCCCUUCGGCAUCGAUCGGACAGUCGCCGGACGACGAUCCUGAUUCUAGUACGCAUCCCAAAGCAGCCCGACGUCAGCCUUCACGAGGCAGCAAAGCAAAAGCGGCGACCCACAAGCGAUGCAGGAAUGACGACGCUGAACAGCACCAAGCGAUGCCGGCCAUGGCUCCUUUGAGUCAGGACAUGGCUCGCAUGCACUUUCACAGCGCCAGUCUUCCCGGCCCGGUACCCCACGCUGCUUUCUUCCAGCCUCACGUCUUCAUGGGACCUCCAGCCGUCCCGCAGCCCUUUCCGCCGUACGCGGUCAUGUCGCAGGGCUAUGGCAAGGUGCUUUCAUCGUCUCACGCCGCAGAAGGGGAUGAAGCGGAGUCCGACCGCAAGCGGCGACGAGCCAGCGAGGUGACACAAGAGGCCGAGGGCGCUGUGGGUCUCGGUGCAGCAUUCGACUUCCGCUUCCCUCCCGUCCCCAUUUCCGCAGCACCAUCACCUUCGCCUCAGCUUCCUUCGCCGGGACAGGCUUCCCAGACUCUCAGUCAGGCGGUCGUGACUCCGCAGAAAAGCAACGGUCGAGGUCGACGCGCCACGGCAAGGUCGGCUGAUGGCAGCAGCCGCAAUGGCUCUCGCCGAGGUAAGGGCCGGUUGUCGAAUGCCAAUCAUGCGCCCCAGACUCCGUCUCCGCUUUCCAUGUCGCCAGCAGCUGGGAGCGAUGAGGCCGGCUUUCCCGCUUCCCAUGCAGACGCGGAGCGCGCGAUCACAGCCAGGCUCGAAAGCAUCGCUGCCUCGCAAGUCUCCGGCGACAGUGCAAGCAGCAUCUCAGCUGAGCAAGCCAAGCACUCUUUGGACCUCGUUCUCCGGUACCUGAGCGAACAGCCGGGCGACAUUCUCCCUUCCGACCACUUUGUUGUGUUCGGUAACCUGCGUGCCAACAUCGAGCACAGGAUUCAGAGCGGAUCUUCGAACAGUCCAGGUCCAGCGACGGAGCUGCAGUCACCUCUGCCUCUUCCAAACAGCGAGACGGUUGAUGACGUGGCGGUCCCCAGUGUCGGAGACCACUGA